GCCGUAAGACCGACACAUCAAAAUCUUUCCUGGUCCAACGUAUAAAGUUUCUGCCUCCCUCAGCACUUUUAUAAAGACUUGUACAUUGCACUUGUGAGAGACUUCUCACAUUCUUGACGUUUCCUCUCGUCCCCUGUCUUUCUUCCUACGCUGAGAAUCCACAAUAUCGUUUUCAUUUCCAGCAUUAACCAGACGACGACGCUGCCGGAUUCGACUUCUUCAUCUUCUGCUAGCUUCUUCAUUUCUUGAUUUUAUAUUUAUGGACAGAGGAUGUGGUCUCACCCUUGAGAAUUCUGAUCAAGUUGGGUUUUUCGGCAACAAGCCAGUUUUUGGAUUUAAUUUAAGUCCCAGGUUGGACCAUCGGAGAGACGGGUUGAUAAUGUUUCCGGUGAAUUCGAGUGCUGGUGAAGAGACCGCCGCUGUCUCAUCGCCCCCCGGCGGUGAACAGCGGAUUGUUUUGGGUGAAGUAGACUUCUUUGCGGAGAAGAAAAAGCCUGUUAAUGGUGUUGUCAAGAAGGAAAGUUCACAUGCUGAAGCUUCUACUUUCAGAGAUGCGGACGUUAUAAACACUGGUUUGCAGCUUGUGACUGCUAAUACCGGAAGUGAUCAGUCGACGGUGGAUGAUGUUAUGUCUCCAGAUGCGGAAGAUAAGAGAGCCAGAAAUGAGCUAGCACAACUUCAAGUUGAACUGGAGAGAAUGAACGCUGAGAAUCAGAAGUUAAAAGGGAUGCUUACUCAGGUAAGCAACAAUUACUCCGCGCUGCAGAUGCAUCUCGUGACGUUGAUGCAACAACAACAGAACUCAAGAACUGAUAGCACCCAAGAACAGGAGGUUGUUGACAGAAAAUCUGAAGAAAAUAAACCGGCAGUUAAUGGAGGACCUAUCGUUCCAAGACAGUUCUUAGACUUGGCCCCCGCUGCCGCCACCAACCAGAUGGCCGAUGAGCACUCUAACUCCUUGUCAGAAGAAAGAACGCUUUCUGGAUCACCUCACAACAACAUGGAACCAUCGAGGAAUAAGAGGAUUGGCCGGGAGGAGAGCCCGGAAUCUGAAGGAUGGGCUCCCAACAAGACCCUCAAAUUGAAUUCCACCAAAGCUGUCGAUCAAUCCACCGAGGCAACCAUGCGUAAAGCCCGUGUCUCCGUUCGAGCACGAUCAGAAGCUCCCAUGAUUUCCGAUGGAUGCCAAUGGAGAAAAUACGGUCAAAAGAUGGCGAAGGGGAAUCCAUGCCCUCGAGCUUAUUAUCGGUGUACCAUGGCCGUUGGUUGUCCGGUCCGUAAACAAGUUCAAAGGUGUGCCGAGGACCGAACAAUCUUGAUCACCACCUACGAAGGAACCCACAACCACCCGCUGCCCCCGGCCGCCAUGGCCAUGGCGUCCACCACCUCAGCCGCCGCGAACAUGCUCCUUUCGGGCUCCAUGCCAAGCGCCGACGGCGUGAUGAACACGAAUUUUCUGGCAAGGACCAUUCUUCCAUGUUCAUCCAACAUGGCCACAAUCUCAGCUUCUGCUCCUUUCCCCACCGUCACUCUUGACCUCACACAAACUCCAAACCCAUUACAAUUCCAACGACCCCCGGCUCAAUUCCAAGUCCCUUUCCCUGUGCCCCCGCAGAACUUUGCCCCCGUCCCUACUCCAUCGGUUCCUCAAGGUUUUGGCCAAGCCCUCUACAAUCAGUCCAAGUUUUCGGGACUCCAGAUGUCUCAGGAAUCUAAUGAUGCCGCACAGUUGCAGGGACAGUCAUCCAAACACCCGCAACUUCACCAGCCACAGGCUCAUCCGUUGUUCUCAGACACUCUCAGCGCUGCCACGGCGGCGAUCACUGCCGAUCCCAACUUUACAGCCGCCCUUGCCGCUGCCAUCUCCUCCAUCAUCGGUGGCUCCAACGCCAAUAACACCAACCAAUCGACUCCCAACAACCACCCCAAUGUAAAUACAAGUAACAGCAACAAAACCUGCGGCAGUUUUCUAGGGAAUUAAUCAAACUUCUCUACCAGUUUAUUUGUUCUUAUUAAUCAGCCAUUCAUCCACCACCUGUCUCAGAUACUCUUCUUGAUUGUUUGUUAAUUAUUUUUUUUUUUCUUUCUUUUUUUCUCAUUUCUAGGCUGUACACUAUGGAAUUAACAUGCCCAUACUGUUUUUGUUUUCAUGUAAUAGCAAGACAGGAUUUAGGACACAAAAAUACAUUUCUUUUCUUUUUUUUCUUACUGUUUAUUUUUCGAAACAAUAUGAUUUUUUCCCCAUUCAGUCUACGUACAUCACAAAAAAGACAAAAACAGUAAACGAGAUUUGUAUUA